CGGCGGACUAUGGGUACAACGGCCAGCACAGCACAGCAGACGGUCUCGGCAGGCACCCCCUUUGAAGGCCUUCAAGGUGGUGGCAUGAUGGAUGGGCGGCACUCCCUCAGCGUCCACUCCUUCCAGACGUCGGGUUUGCACAACAGCAAGGCCAAAUCCAUCAUCCCCAACAAGGUGGCCCCUGUUGUGAUCACGUACAACUGCAAAGAGGAGUUCCAGAUCCAUGAUGAGCUGCUCAAGGCCCAUUACACGCUGGGCCGGCUCUCGGAUGCUACCCCAGAGCACUACCUGGUGCAGGGCCGCUACUUCAUGGUGCGGGACGCUACCGAGAAGAUGGACGUGCUGGGCACCACGGGCGCCUGUGGGGCCCCCAACUUCCGGCAGGCUCGGGGCGGGCUUGCUGUGUUCGGCAUGGGACAGCCCAGCCUCUUAGGGUUCAGGCGGGUCCUCCAGACGUUGCAGAAGGAUGGACACAAGGACUGCAUCAUCCUGUGUGUGCGGGAGGAGCCAGUGCUGUUCCUGAGGGCUGGGGAGGACUUCGAACCCUACACCCCACGAGACAAGAAGAACCUUCAGGACAACCUGCAGGGCCUUGGACCUGGGGUCCGAGCGGAGAGGUUGGAGCUGUCUAUACGGCAGGAGAUCCAUGACUUUGCCCAGCUGAGUGAAAACACAUACUAUGUGUACCACAAUACCGAGGACCUGCGUGGGGAGCCCCACGCCGUGGCCAUCUGCAGAGAGGAUGAGGUGUACGUGACCGAGGAAGUAUACAGGCGGCCCCUCUUCCUGCAGCCCACAUACAGGUACCAUCGCCUGCCGCUGCCAGAGCAAGGGGCCCCCCUGGAGGUCCAGUUUGAUGCCUUUGUCAAUGUCAUCCGGGAGACCCCCAGCUUGCUGCUGCUCCGAGAUGCCCCUGGGCCUCCCCCAGCCCUCCUCUUCAGCUGCCAGACGGGUGUGGGCAGGACCAACCUGGGCAUGGUCCUGGGCACCCUCGUCCUGCGUCACCGCAGUGGGUCCACCUCACAGCCUGAGACUAGCCCCCCACAGGCCAAGCCCUUACCCAUGGAGCGGUUCCGGGUGAUCCAGAACUUUGUCUGCAUGGUGCCCCAGGGAAGGAAGAUGGUAGAGGAGGUGGACAGAGCCAUCACAGCCUGUGCAGAGUUACAUGACUUGAAGGAUGCAGUCUUGGAAAACCAGAAGAAGCUGGAUGGCGUCCGACUGGGGAGCCCAGAGCAGGAAGGCAGCAGCCAGCACAGUCUCCGGCAGAGGACGCUGCGGAGCCUGGAGCGCUAUUUUUACCUGAUCCUGUUUAACUACUAUCUCCAUGAGCAGUACCUGCUGGCCUUUGCCCUCAGUUUCAGCCGCUGGCUCUGUGCCCACCCGGAGCUGUACCGCCUGCCCCUGACGCUGAGCAGAGCGGAGCCUGUGGCCCCCUCAGACCUCAUCGCCAAGGGCACCCUGGAAGUGGAUGAUCUUGUCUCCCCGGAUGCACUCAGCACCAUCAGAGAAAUGGAUGUGGCCAACUUUCGGCGGGUACCCCGUGUGCCCAUCUAUGGCACGGCCCAACCCAGCACCAAGGCGCUGGGCAGCCUCCUGGCUUACCUGACCGAUGCCAAGAGGAAGCUGCGGCAGGUCAUGUGGGUUAGCCUGAGGGAGGAGCCUGUGCUGGAGUGUGAUGGACAGACACACAGCCUGCGGGGGCCCGACAUCUCUGUGGACCCUGACCAGCUGGAGAACCUGGAGACUCAGCUGAAAGUCCACCUGAGUGUACCUCCUCAGGGCCCGGAGGGCUCUGGGACCCCCCAGUUCCAGACAUGCCUCACCAUGCAGGAGGUUUUCAGCCAGCACCGUGGGACGUGUCCUGGCCUCACCUACCGCCGCAUCCCCAUCCCAGACUUCUGCGCCCCCCGAGAGGAGGACUUUGACCGUCUGCUUGAGGCCCUGCGGACAGCUCUCGCCAAGGACCCGGGCACUGGUUUCGUGUUCAGCUGCCUCAGCGGCCAGGGCCGGACCACGACUGCCAUGGUGGUGGCUGUGCUGGCCCUGUGGCACAUCCGGGGCUUUCCUGAGGUGACUGAGGACGAGCUUGUAAGUGUGCCUGACGCCAAGUUCACCAAGGGCGAGUUCGAGGUAGUGCUGAAGGUGGUGCAGCUGCUGCCCGACGGUCACAACAUGAAGAAGGAGGUGGACGCAGCACUGGACACGGUCAGUGAGACCAUGACGCCCAUGCACUACCAUCUGCGGGAAAUCAUUAUUUGCACCUACCGUCAGGCAAAGGCAGCCAAAGGGGAGCGGGAGGCACGGCGGCUGCAGCUGAGGAGCCUGCAGUACCUGGAGCGCUACAUCUACCUGAUUCUCUUCAAUGCUUACCUCCACCUAGAGAAGGCCGACUCCUGGCAGAGGCCCUUCAGCGCCUGGAUGCGGGAGGUGGCUUCGAAGGCUGGCAUCUAUGAGAUCCUCAAUCAGCUGGGCUUCCCUGAACUCGAGGACAUGGAGGGCCAGCCCUUAGCCAGGCUCCGUUACCGGUGGCAGGAGUGGAGCCGAAGCCCCGAGCUGCACACUGAAGAUGCCCUGUAG